UAGUGGUGCAACUGCAGAAGAGCUCAUUAAAGAACACAAUAUGGGUAUUUCUGCUAACUUGUCCACAAAGUCCUCUUGGUUCUGGAUGCAGAGGCUUUCCACGCAUUCCACUGCUGCCUGUCAUAGUCUGCAAUACUAGAGUGGAGGUGCUGCUUCUCAUUGGCUCGGAGCGAGGCCAAACCAGGGGCUUCAUCCAAUAAGCAACCGAGAGCCCUACCGUCCAUGAAAGGAGUCAAAGGAGUGUCACAACACCCCACACUCCUAGGAUCAGCAGCUGCAGUGCAGAGGAGUGAUGAAUUCUUCCCUUAGCAGCACCAGAUACAAUCGAUAUUAAUGCUUACAAUCUUUUCUUGUAAGCAAUAAAUUAUGUUGACUGGAAUUGAAUUUCAGUUUUGUGCUAUCCUUAGUGUAAGUGUGGCCUCUGGCUACUUUGACAGGAGUUAAUUGGGCAGAAGAUUCUUUUGGGCACUGGAACAGGUACUAAACCUGGAAUUUAUUUUACUGGAAGACGACCGGACAACUGCAAUCAGCUUUAUAACUCUUGGCACUUCCUGAGCUGUUGGUAAGAGUAUUGUUGUUAGAAAGAAUUAAGCAAGAAGGUUGGAAGAGAAGCAGAGGACUAAUAAGCUCCAUGCAGUUCUCUGGAAUUCCGAUGAUACAGACGGGAACAAGAAUUUGGCAUCACCGCUGGGAUUUUUAAAAGCUUACCAGGGUAAGACAUUAUGAUACCUGGACUCGUGACUGGAUGUGGCUACUGAAUCAGGGCUGUUCUGAAGCCAGGAAGGUCACGGGCACCAAGAGGAGGAGGACAGCUGGGAAGAGGGUAAUCGGGCAUGAAGGAACAGCCAUAACCAGCGAACGACUACGUUUCAGCACCCAGUGACAGGAGAGAUUUCCGGUGAAAACAUUGACUUUAUGCUGCAAGAGAAUCCGAAUUCCUGCAUGUCCAAUCCGAAGUCCAAACAGAGGACCCCCAGCAUGGUGAGCGAGUCGUCCACAACCGUGACCUCAUCCACUGGGGACCCACCUUCUGUACCAAAGGCCUCCAAGUCUAGCGGGAAGGUGCACAGCUUUGGGAAGAGGGACCACGCCAUCAAGAGGAACCCCAAUGUGCCUGUGGUGGUGAGGGGAUGGCUCUACAAACAAGACAGCUCUGGGAUGAGACUGUGGAAACGAAAGUGGUUCGUGUUGUCUGACCACUGCUUGUUUUAUUACAAAGACAGCCGUGAGGAGGCCGUCCUGGGGAGCAUCCCCCUGCCCAGCUACAUCAUCACUCCAGUGGAGCCUGCCGACCACAUCAGCCGCAAGUACGCGUUCAAGGCCAGCCACACGGGCAUGCGAGCCUACAUUAAUAACAAGGAGGCCAUGGCAGGCUCCCGGACUGAGCAUGGCGGCAUGCGCACCUACUUCUUCAGCGCCGACACCCAAGAGGACAUGAACAGCUGGAUCCGGGCCAUGAAUCAGGCGGCUCUUCUGCAGGCCCCCAGCACUCAGAGGGAGUCUGAGAAACCGAAGCAGGCGGGACCUUUUGAGCGACAGGCAGCCCCACAAACCAAUCACGUCAAUAAUCACAGCAGGACCGCAUCUCAGCCGGAAGGCUUGCACCAAUCUGAGAGCACGGAGCCGCCCGACGGCAACUCCUUCAGCAUGGAGACGACUGAAGAGGCCAGCAAGGAGCGGGACCCCACUUUCCUGAAGGACACACCGGAGGGCCAGAGCCAGCUGCAGCCCCCCGCAGUCUCCAUAGAAACGGGAGGUCGGCCCCUGGAUACAGCAGUCCCCCAGGCACCACCCGCGCACAGCAGCCGCCUGUCCCCAAGCGUCCUGCGGCUCGAGCCCAACCCCAGCGGGACGUAUAUGAAGGGUGGGGCCGCCUGCUCCGAUGCGGAGAAGCAAGUGCAGAGGAAGAGCACGCUGGCCCAGGUGGAGCACUGGGUGAAGGUGCAGAAGGGAGACCCCAAGAGCCUCCAUGCCUCUGAUCACACGCUCCCACGGCGGACCCCCCCGGCACAGGCCAAGGCCCACGCGUUCCAGGCAUACCAGUCCUUACCGAAAAGCGCUCAGCCUUCCCCGGCCGGUGGAUCCUCCCCAGUGCAGCAUCACCUGCCCAGCGACUACAAGUAUGCCCAGGACCGACUGAGCCACCUGCGCAUGUCGACGGGGGAGCGGGCCGCCAACAGGGAGGGCACGGUGUGGCAGCUCUACGAGUGGCAGCAGCGACAGCACUUCCGGCAUGGCAGCCCUACGGCGCCCAAUUACAGUGUCUCCCCCGACUAUGGCGAGCCCGCCCCCUACAGGGCGGCCCUGGACGUGCCCCGCUCCAUCUCGGUGCCCCCAUCCCCCUGCGACAUCCCACCACCGGGGCCCCCCCCAAAAGCCCUGUCACCCCGGAGACCACACACGCCAGCCGAGCGGGUCACUGUCAGGCCACUGGACGAGAGGUCGGUGGUGAGGGUCCCGCCCUCCAGCUCACCGCAGGAGAUGCAGCGCUCCAAGAACAGCAGGUUGACCCCAACACACAGAAAGUCAAUACCACCCAUGGGCUACAUGACGCAUACAGUCAGCGCACCUAGUUUGUACGGGAAAACGCUGGAGGAGCUGACCCUGCUCCUCGUCCAGCUAAGGAGGCACCAGGCUAAGAUGGCCGACGUGUGCAGAGACGCGCUAGCCCUUCCGCACUCGUCCAGUGGCCCCUAUGCCCUGGCUGACGAUACUUACAUGCAGCUGAAGUCGGACCUGGAGUAUCUAGAUCUGAAGGUAGCCGGGCGUGAAGCACUCAAAGACAAGGUGGCUAAACCCGUCAAAAUAGCUGAGAGCGAUGUUGAUGUGAAGUUAAGCAGACUCUGCGAGCAGGAUAAGAUACUACAAGAGCUGGAGGCACGGAUCCGCAUGCUGAAGGAGGACAAGGACAAGCUGGAGUCGGUGCUGGAUAUAUCCCACCAGCAAAUGGAGCAAUACCGCGACCAGCCGCCCCAUGCUGAGAAAAUUGCCUACCAGCAGAGGCUACUGCAGGAAGACCUGGUUCACAUCCGGGCUGAGAUCUCCCGAGUGUCCACGGAGAUGGAGAAUGCCUGGAAUGAGUACAGUCGACUAGAAAUAGAUCUGCACCAUCUGAGGGAGUCGCUGAUGGCUCAGCUGAGGCGCACAAUCCUAUCUCAGCAGGAGAAAACUGAGAUGAAGAAGGAGCUGUGGAGAAUUGAGGAUGUCAUGGCGGGCCUAAGCUCCAGUAAGGCCAACUACAAAGUCACCAUAGACUCCGUGAAGAACCCCGAAAGGAAACUCGUGCCUUCGAUAUCGCUGCCCUCAGUGCCUUCUCUGUCCUUGAGUGAGCCUGCGAGCCAAUCAAAAACCCCCCAGAGGAGCCCCCAGAGGAGCCCUCAGAGAAGUCCCCACCUCAGCCCCGUGCAGAUGGAGCUAUUUCAACCGCCUACGCAGUCCCCUCUCUUGUCCCCUCUCUUGUCCCCUGUCUUGUUACCUCAGGACCAGGGACCCCACCUACCUGAGCUGGAUGAGGAUGACGCCCCUCCCAGGCCGCCCCUCCCCCAGAUCUACAGACCUGACGAGAUGCCCCCUGCCGUGCCCCCCCUGCCCAAGGAGACCACAGCCAUCAAACCCAUGUCCGUCCGUGGCCUCAAGCGCCAGUCCGAUGAGAGGAAGCGCGACAGAGAGUUCGGCCAGGUCAUCAACGGAGACUACAAGGUGGAGUUGAGACCCUACCAGAGCGAGCCAGAGCUGUUUGGUCCUGGGCAGGCGAGUGCUGCGAUGCCAGGGACUGGAAACGGCUACCAGACAUUGCCCAGCAGGGGCCUGGCUGGCUCCACAUCCAGGCUGAACCAAUCCACCAACAUCUCAUCGUAUGUUACACUCCGAAGGGGAAUCUCAGCGUGCAGCCUCAAGGAGAGACCGAGGAGCGCGCUGGAGAGACUGUACUCGGGGGAGCAGCAGGGGGGUCGCAUGAGCGCCGAAGAGCAGUUGGAGCGCAUGAAGCGGCACCAGAAGGCGCUGGUCCGGGAGCGUAAGCGGAACCUCAGCCAGGGGGAGCGCUCGGCUGCCUCCUCCACCUCCUCCCGGGCCUCGGCCCCUGCCUCACGGCCCCCCUCCACAGACCAGGGCUCAACACUUGAGAUUUUCAGACACCUAGUGGGAAGAUACAUCCUCUACCUGCUCUUUCUGCAACACCGAGCUCCACAGUCUGACUUUCAGGCCCCAAGAGAAGGAGGCCAACAGUGUGAAGGAUUUGCCAGUUCCUUGGCCCGCUCACUCCACUGUAUGACGACGGAUGGGCUGGUCGACCCCCUCCCUGAACACCACAAUCCGGCCGCUCAGUGGAAGCGAGAGCAAGACUUCGACCUGCAGCUCCUGGAGCGCACUGUCCAAAGAGAUGAGCUCCCCCGCCCCCAUUCCGACGAGUGGCUGACCGCCGUCGCCAUGCCGAUGAGAGGGCGGGACCUGGAGGACCUGGAUGACAGCCUAGACCUCCACCAUCAGCUCUCCCUGCCCCUGAAGCUGCCAGUCCCCCAGCACUACAUGGACCCCGAGCAGGACGAGCAGCUCACCCAGGAAGACAGAGAGACGCGGCACCGUAAGGCACAGCGCAUCAAGACCGUCCUAGGCCUGUCCAGUGUCCAGAUCAUGCUGUCUGGCGAGCCAGACAGGACGCCCAUGCCGGGUACUGAGGCCGCCCCGCAGGAGCACACGAUGGCUGUGACCUACGUGCUGCCGUCUGAGGCACUGCAGAAGGGCAGGCAGGCAGCAGCGAAAGCAGUUGCUCAGCACUGAGAUGCUCUUAAACAGUGAGCAGCUGCAGCCGGACACCAGACGCAUGGAAAGAGGAGCAUUUUAAAGAACCUUGGCAUUAUAAACUGAUAUGUGGUUCUUUCAUUGCACAGCAUUAUGCGAUAGCUGCAGGAUUCAUUUUUAUGAUCUUUUUACUGGUAUUAAAACUCAACUAUUUUUAAAAAGCAAACAAAACUCUUGCCUGUGAGACCGCUGUGAAUAUAUUAGCAGUGUAAAUGUCUAACAGUGAUAAUGUUGUAGAAUCAUAAUUUUAUACACAUGUACUGAUGCACUUUUAGCAUACAUUGUAUGAUGUGCAAACUGAGCAGUUAGAGUUUUAACCCCAAGAUGAGAAUAAUUUGCUGUGUUUUGCAGUGUGCUCUUAAUUUUAAGGGAAUUUUUUUGGACAAAAAGAUUUGCAUCAAAUGUGAAUUGUAUUUUUGUGAAAAGAAAAAAAAUAUAUGUUCUUACAUCAGAUUGCUGAAGAUAUUAUUUUUGUGUAACCCAAUACCCAGCUAAAGCUUCAUGCAAAUUUUUGCCAAUUGAAAUGUAUUUUUUUUGCGUGGGAGGAAAAAAGCUUAAUAUUUUCCGGGGAAAAAAUGAGCAGAAGAACAAACAUGUGAAAUGUAAUUUUUUAACAUAAAUAUUAAAGAUAUUAACCAGA